AUGGAUCCAGCUGUUGCCAUCGCCAAUGACGCCUUCAUUGGCCAAGUCGCCGUUCCGUUGAUCUCAGAGUACAUUUCGAAAAUGUCCAAGCUUGAACAAGCCGCAUCCUCGACGACUACCGUGAAGCCUUCCACUUCUCAGAAUUGUGCGAGUGUGUUGAGGCCAAGCAAGAAGAGCGUCUCGAUCAACGUCGACGAUGAACCCAUCAUCAAACACUCUGUCGAAGAAUCUACGGCCAAACGGCGAGAUGAUGAUGGCUCCAACGACGCUGCGUCCCUCCUCAAAAGUGGCGACCGUCUCAGGGGUGAUUGUUGUCGCGAGACGGAGGCGACCGUCUGUUUUCGAGACGAGUCGAGACAUCUUCCAAGGAUUUUGACGACUUCGGCGUCGGAUGUGCAUUCACCAGCAGCAACAGUUGGCAAUGAAAUGGCAACGAAGUGGGACGAUCGCAUGGCAUGA